AUGUCGCUUCGUCCGAAAAAAAUAAAUUUCGAUAAACUUUUUACGGAAUUCGAAAGUGAUCUCGAGAAAAUAUAUAAUUUCUCAGGAUUAGAUCGUGUUUCUGGCAUGAACAUGUUCCAAUCAGUAUAUGACAUGUGUACAGCAACACCAAAACCAUAUACCGAAAAACUCUUUUGCUCGAUUGCAUAUUUUUUGGAAGAAUAUACUAUGCGAAAGAAGAGAAAUAUACUGGAUCGUGACGACAUUAUCAAAGCGUACGCCGAAGAAUGGAACCGCUAUAGUCAAGCUAGCAUUUAUAUAAGUCGUAUCUGUGACUACCUUAAUAGGAUCAUGUUAAAAAAUAAGGAUACCGGCGGUAUCCCGGCAUCAGAGAGGCGUAAAACGGUGGGAGAUGGGAAAUAUAGAAGGCAGACUAUACAAGCGCUAGCCUAUUUAGUAUGGAAAGAACGCGUCGUUGAUUUCAUCAAGAUUCGCCUUAUGUAUCAAAUAUUUGAAAUGAUUAGACGAGAUCGGGAUGGUGAAGGUGACGUUCCCGGUGUUGUGACCGAGGCAAUUCAGUCAUUAGGCAUAUUAAACUCACUUACAGAUCACCCUUUACGUUUAUACAUUGAAGAAUUUGAGAUACCCUAUUUGAAACAUACUAAGCAAUACUAUGAGCGUGAAGCGAUUAUCACAAUUUCUAGUGCCACAAUAUCAGAAUAUAUGGAAAAAGCAUGUCAAAGAUUAAAGCAAGAAACAGCGCGAAAUAGCAAAUACUGCCAUGUUUCAUCUCAUGACACUAUGAUAAAAGAAUGCGAAAAACAAUACGUGGCUGUACAUCAAUCAAGAAUUCAUAAUGAAUUUGAGGCUAUGAUAUCAAAUGAACGUUACAACGAUUGUUCUAUGGCUUAUUAUCUCUUAUCUCGUAUUACGGAUGGCGUCAAUCCGCUACUUGAAACUUUUGAGCGAUACAUUACCCAAAUUGGCAAAGACUUGAUAUCCAGGAAACUUAGUAAUCAACUAGUAACAACUAAAAACGAAUUAGAGUCGAGUCAAAAGGAAGAAAGAAAAAAACCAAAUAAAAUUGAUGCUAUUAAUGAUUUAAUUCAGCAACUUACUACUUUGAAAAUCGAAAAUAAAAUUGAUGAUUUAGAUAAUUUAGUUCAAAAAUUUAAUGCUCUGAAAAUCGAAGGUGGUAACAAAGGCUUAAUAUCCAAGAAGCUUAGUCAAUUAAUAACAACUAAAAAAGAAUUAGAGUUAAGUCAAAAGGAAGAGAGAAGAAAACAAGAUGAAAUUAAUGACUUGACUCCAGGAAUUACUACCGUGGAAAUCGAUGUUGACGACAAAGACUCUGAAACAAAGAAGUCUGACGAAAUCAAUGGCUUCACUCAAAAGUUUGCUACUUUGAAAAUCGAAGACGACAACAAAGAUUCAGAAAUAAGAAAACAAAAAGAUAAAACCGAUGGGUUGAAAAAAUCCUACGAGAAACUAAUUGAUGAUUUAAUUCAACAACUGAAGAUCGAAGACGGUAACAAAGACUCAGAAACAAGAAAACAGAAAGAAAAAAUUGAUGAAUUGAAAAAAUCCCAAGAGGAUAGGAUGGGUACCGGAACAUUGAAGGAUCCACGAGAUUACGUUGAACCACUGAUGAGUCUCCAUUCCAAAUACAUGAAUGUGUGUCAAAAAGUAUUCUCAAGUGAUCCGGCAUUUAUUGCUGCUGUGGAUAAAGCAUUCCGUAGAAUCGAAAAUGAUCCGUCGAUGAAUACAGCAGCGCCCGAAGUGCUUGCUCGUUAUUGUGACGUGCUUUUGAAGAAAAAUCAAAAGAGUGGCAUAAGCGAGCAAGAUAUCGAGGAUAAAAUGAAUAACAUGGUGGACGAUAAGGAUGUGUACCAAAAGUUUUACUCGAGGUUACUUGCAAAGCGUCUUAUCUAUGGCAGUUCCGUGUCAGACGAAGCAGAGGCAAAUAUGAUAUCGAGACUUAAGACUAUUUGCGGUGUCGAAUAUACAAGUAAAUUACAACGAAUGUUUACAGAUAUAACUGUGAGCGCAGAUAUAAAUAGUAGCUUUAGCGAAUAUUUAAAGGCAAAACCCUUAAAUCUGGGAGUCGAUUUUACCAUAUUGGUGUUGACAGCUGGUGCGUGGCCAUUGACACAAGUAUCAACUACUGAUUUCCAAUUACCCUUAGAGCUGGAAAAGAGUGUCUCAUAUUUCGAGUCAUUUUAUAAUGAGCAUCACAGCGGCAGAAAAUUAACAUGGUUAUGGCACUUAUCAAAAGCUGAUGUCAAAUUAGGAUAUCUUGACAAACGUUACGAAUUUUCAGUAUCACUCUACCAACUUGGUGUUCUAUUAUUAUUUAAUGCUGUUGACAUGUUGACAUUCAAAGAAAUUAGUGAACACACACGCCUAAAUGAACAGGAACUAAAAAGGGUCCUGAAGCCGUUGAUUGACUUAGCCGCACUUAUAAUAACACCGACCGGCUCACUUAAAGAGUCAACCGAGAUCAAAUUGAACAUGGAAUUCUCAAAUAAACGCACAAAGAUCAAAAUUAGCUCGUCACUUCAAUCAGAUUCCCCGCAAGAAAAUGAUGCAACACGGCGAGCUGUAGAUGAGGAUCGAAAAUUAUAUCUUCAGGCAUCCAUUGUGCGUGUAAUGAAAUCACGACAAAUGUUGGUACACAACAGACUUGUACAAGAAGUAAUCGAUCAAGCAAAGUCUCGGUUUACACCAAGCGUUCCAAUGAUUAAAAAGUGCAUUGAACAAUUGUUGGAUAAACAGUAUAUUAAGCGAAGUGUUGAGAAUAGGGAUAAAUAUGUGUAUAUAGCUUAA